CUUCCCCCCGUCACCGCCACCACCCAAACCAAAUCCUCGCCCAUGGCGCCACUAGUCUCCCACGCGAAAAUUCUCGCGCCGAUUCCGAGGGGCAACCGCCGCCUCGCCCCCGCGCCCCCUGCCGCCGGCGGCUUCCUCCGCGCCCUCUUCCCCUCACGGCGCUCCCGCCCUCCGCCAGAGAAGGACGAGCUCCUCCGCCUCAUCGCCGACCAACGCCGCGGCCUCGACACCCAGUCCGACCCCUCCCGCCUCGCCGACAUCGUCUCCUGCAUCGACGCCCUCGCCGCCGCUGCUCCCGGAUCCGAUACCGUUUCCGAUGCCGACAAGCUUUCCGGUACGUGGCGGCUCCUCUGGACCACCGAGCAUGAGCAGCUCUUCAUCGUGCGCAACGCCCCCUUCUUCCGCACCGCCGCCGGUGAUGUGUUCCAGGUAAUCGACGUCCCCGGUGGCGCCCUCAACAACGUGAUCACCUUCCCGCCCUCUGGCGCGUUCGUCGUGAACGGCUCCAUCGAGAUCCAGCCGCCCCAGCGAGUCAAUUUUAGGUUUACACGCGCUAUGUUGAGAGGGAGCAAUUGGGAGGUCCCGUUUCCGCCCUUUGGGAAAGGAUGGUUUGACACUGUCUAUUUGGAUGAUGACAUCCGCGUAGCAAAGGACAUACGAGGGGACUAUUUAGUUGUUGAACGCGCUCCAUAUUCAUGGAAUGGAUAGUUGUUAAAAUUCAAAGUUGAUUGAAUGCAUAGCCAGUCUUGUGAUGUGCCUUGUGAAUAUAAGAAGCAGAUUGUCAGAGCCUUGUGCUUUCUCAGCAAAGUGUUAACCAUCGUGCUAUGACAUUUCUUUUCCUAGACAAUACUAUGUUCUCCCGGAAUUAGAUGGUAAGUUUGAUUAGUAAUGCAUGUGCAGCAAGGUUCUUCUUCCAAGGAAUUGUCUAGGUUAAAUAAUACCUAGGUAUCCCCUAUGUGAGAGAACACAAACUUGCCAAGUAUUUGAUGUGCUUUUGGACAUAUGAAAAAGAUGCUGCCCAUUACGGUGAACUACGUUAGCGAACUUGACAGCAUAUUGUUAUGGCCCACGAUAUCAAGAGCCAUGAUGGAAUUGUUGACUGUUUCAGUACCUUUUGUUAGUAUUGUUUUGCCUGUUGCUUCCAGCUUUAAGUAGUAGUUUUUCACAUUGAAGCAAGUUCUCAGCAAAUCAGGUCAAUGAAUGCCAUCAUCUGAUUAAGAUAGUAAACUAUGUAUGGUCUUGCUUUAUCUGUAUCAGGGUUCCUUUUCCUUUUAUACUCAUGAGGAGUCAAUGAGAUCAAAUCCAACUUUGCUUUGGGAAAAGUAGCAUUGUAGUGUCGCAAGCUUAAUGAUAUGAAACAUUAGAUUCAGUUUCUGUAACCACUUACCCAUGAUUUCUAAUUCUAGGGGUUUCAGAUACAGUGUUAUGUUUCAUUCCAUCUAUCAAUUGACCACUGAAGAUCAGAUCAACUUUUUGCAGGGAUCGGACUCUAUCCUUCUACUGCCCCCUUGGAAUGCUGGCAGGAUUUGUAGUGCAAUGAGAAGAGAAUUCAAUUUGCCAUGUCUGAAUUUUCCUGGUUAUUUUUGUUUGCUCGUUUCUUUAUCUAGGAAAAAUUCUGCUCAAUACCUGGUUUAAUUUUUGCUGCAUCGUCAAUGCUCCCUGUCAUUUAAGAAAAGUAAGUGAAAAGGUAUCUAUGUGAUAGAUUGAUUGAACAUCACUACUUCUCCAUGAUAUUCCAGGCCUGAACAGAAGCACUGAAGCAAAAUACUUUUGAAAUGCUUUCGUUGGUCCUACUGUUGAACUGAAUAGCAAGUUCUCCUUUCAACAGCUUGUUUCAAGUGUCUAGUCUGAUAAUUGCUUCCUUGUACUAGACUACUGCAGGUUCUAGUCGCAGUCGAACAACAUAUGGUGAGGCUUUAGGAGGACAGGUUGGACCAUGGCCCUGGGCCAGACUACAUUGUGUGAUGUUGGGCAGUUUGUGCCCUCCCUGACCAAGUACUGGAGCCACUUCAAAGGAUAGAAGGCAAAGGCUCCCCAUGUGAAAAAGGACGCUCCAUGACCCUGCCAUGUGUGGUCAUCUGCGAUUUGGUGUCCCAUGGACAGUGAUGCACUGAUUCCACCCUUCGAGUCUUAAAAGCAAUCCAAGCCGCCCGGAUGGUAGCCAGCAGUCCAGCACCAAGAGCUCCAAGACACGGCGGACCGAGCCAGCCGGAGGGAGGGGAUGAUUGAGACAGCGGCCUCUGCGGCGACGACAGUGGAUCGUGAGCAGAUUUAUCCUGCCACGAGAUAAGUACAUUGAUAGAGGAAAUAGUAGCAGAUAGGUGCGGCUGCUGCAUGCUAUGCUGUGCACCCCUACGCAAAUGCGUCUCUCCAAUGAUCCAUCUAUCCGCAUCCGUCUCCAUCCGCGGCGGCGACUGGGGGAGCAUGGCGUGGCACGGCAAGGGGGCCGGCCGACCGGCGUGGCUGUCGUACCCCCCAAGAAAGGGAAAUAAAAUCCAAACUGGCAGCGGCAGCAGCAGCGGCAGGAUCGGAUCGGAGCGGCCAUCCAUCUAUCGUCGCCACGCUCGCUGAGUCAGGUCCGUGAUGAUAUGAUAUGAUCGGGCCCCCGGCCCGGGGUCUCUCCGCCCUUUUUCUUUCCUUCCUUUUCUCUAUGCUGUUUAUUGUGGGAACUGGCCAGCGGCAGCCGCAGUGGUGGUCCUGGUACUUGCGCACGUACAGCCACUAGCUUUCCCUGCAGCAGCCACCCACUGCACCUGCUGCUCUCUCUCUCUUCCCCUCUCCCUGCCCAUGUCCAUCCCGCUUUGGGCUACCAUCUCCCCGCUUUUCCAUCGCCACAAUCAUGACCGCACGUAGCCACCUAAUUACGCCUUGGAUCACCUCCAAA